UACACGCGGGGCCAGGUUGAAGGCCCCAAGCCUGGGGCUGGAGUUUGAGGGCAGACGGAGGGCAGGUCCGCGGCGGGUGUGGUGCCUAUGGCCCGCUGCCCCGCGGAGGGCCCGGCUGUUCAGGCCUGGUCACGGAUCCCGGUGGUGGGGCCUCGGGCCCUGGAGGACGCGCUGUCCGUGUGGAGCCCGCUCUCCCCGGACCCGCUUCAGACUCAGUCGCAGCUCCUGAGCUUCGUGGCCGGGCUCCGGGAGGAGGGUUACCUGCCCACCGUGCUCCGGAGCCGGGACGUGUACGGCUACACCUCAUCAACCUGCCAGGUCCCCCCGCCUGGGCCUGGGCCCGGGCCCGGAGCCUCGGCCUCAAUUAGCAGCCAGGCCCAGGGGGGCGCCUCCAGCAGCAGCAGCGCCGCCGCCUCCAGCCGCAAGAAACCCCGUAAAAACCCCAAGUGCAACGGCUGGCUCCGGCCCCCGGCCUCGGGGGUCCGCCUGAUGGGAGAGAGCUCCCUUAGGAGACACCGUUACCCCGAGAGGAGAGCCCCCAGGGAGAGGGAGAGCCAGAGCCGCCGCCUCCGCCAGCAGCAACAGCAGCAGGCCCUGAAGCCCAGGCCUGGGGCACAGGCAGAUCCCACUAACAGCAGGCUGCAGCUCCUCAGGUCCAAGGUCAUCAAAGUGGACGACUCCUCCUCGGACGAGGAGGUCCGCAGGAAAGCGCAGAAGAUCCUUCGGGUCAACCUGUCACCGGUCAUCAGGAUCAGCCCCAUCACCUACCCCCUUGACUAGGGGCUUGACCGCUGAGGAUGACCAGGACAAAGACAACGCCACCACCAAGACCGGGCAUCUCCCCACCGCGGCCGGACCCUGAGGGACACAGCCAGACUUCUCAUGCGUUUGCUCACUGCGAUCUGCGGAGCCCACCUGGACUGGUGUCCCCACCCAGGAUUCUCGACCGAGCCGGGGUUGCCAGAAGGAAAGGAGACCCCAACCGUCGCCUGGAGACCCCACCCUCAAGCCAUCCUCUUGCUUCCCACGGCAUUUUUUCCACCCCCUCCCAGUCCAAAGUCUCAACACCAGACUGUCUGCACCCACUGUUUUCUUUUUAAUAUCGUAGUGCAAUAUGAGAUGUGACUCUGUCUUGAUGUCUUUCCAAAAGUCUGGUUGACCACGAAUCGAUUUUUUUUUUUCGUUUGGGGCGAGCCAGCACAGUCUUGAUGGGCUGAGUGACCUUCACCACCACCUCCUGUCCCAUAACCAUUCUGUGACUCUGUCUUUAAACUUUUGUAUCCUUGGAAAACUGUGUCAGGCGAGCUUGCUGCCUUCAAAGGUCAGCUUCAGUUGAGCGGUGUUCACUUGGGGUUGGUACUCUCACUGCUUUAGAAACAUUUCCUCAUUCCCCACCCAGCCACUCCAGAAAUUUUCAAGUUGAGGGUCCACAAGACAAGUAUUCUGAGAAUUUUCAAGUAAUGUGCCCUGGAAUGGUGUCACAAAUGGUUCUGUACCCACCACUUUCAUUUUGACUUUGUUGCUGUUGGUGUUUCAUUUACUUCUUGUGUCUGAAGUCAGAAGCAAUACAACACUAUGUGAUAGUCCCUAUAGGUAUUUGAAAUCACAAGGUUUCGGAAUACUGCUUACCUUAGUCACCUGACGAAGGUGACAAAGGACCGACGCUCCAAAAUCUCAUGAUUUCAAAUAAACCUGUUGGACUAUAACCUGGUGUUGUAUUGCUUCUGACUUUCUUCACGCCAGUUCAACACCACCUCUGUGCCUGGCCUGACAGUAAGAAGUGGGAACUAGUGAAGGAGCAGGGAAGAUAUUAACCAGUGGCUCCAGUCCUGAUCAAUGUUGGGGCGAGUGUGCGCAGAGAGAACGUCCUGUCGGGUAAAGAACUGGACCUGGUUAAGAUAGUCUGCGUCAGCCCUCGUUCUCUGUGUACUUGCCCAUAAGCUUGUUGUCACCUUGGCAAGAUGACAAGAAGGCAAUCGACAGCAGUGUAAGUGUGUUCCAGGACCAUCAGAUUUCCAGUGUGACACCUGUUCUAGUUAUAAGCAGCUUUUGUGAUGGGUUACACACAGUGGUCCCCCCAGAACCUGAGGUACUGAUUGUUUGUCAGAUUUCUGGUGUGUGGCACUAGAGAUUACAGUAGAUGGACGGGUAGAAUAAGUGCAUAUGGAGACUUAGAUGAAUGCUUUGAUUUGAUUUGUACUUCUAUUGUGUGCGUGCAUGCAGGGUUUUUUAGUCAACAUCUGUCCUUCUCGCAAAUAAACAGUCCGUAAACUUUUACUGUGUGUGAGGUCCACGUUAUGUGCUGUAUGAAACAGGGUGAAUGUUAAACAAUGAAGAGUUCCCUGUCAACAUUUACACUGUUAUAUCCAGCAUCUUCCCUCUUUACGUACUGUGGCUCCACUGAUGACCAGCUGCUUUCUGGUUACACUUUUUCCACCAGGCAGUUCAGGUGAAGUCUCCACAGUCCAGACCAGUCCCAUUUCCUCACCCAUCCAAUGUUCUCCCUCUUUCUUAUCUUUGGAAGUACUGGAGUCCUGUUGCACCUUCACUUUGGCCGAGGUUCUCUUGCACAGACGUAAUUCACGGACAUGCUGAGCUCUGAAGACACAGUUACCUGCUGGAUAAUUGGACUGACAAGCCCAGGUGAAAUCCACACAAGACUUUAGAGAAAGAGCAGAGAGAAGUGAGACAAAUGACACAGCUUCUUGAAUGGGUCACCACAGUCACAAGAACCUGACUAGCCCUUCCUGUGCUCUGGGUAAAUCAUUUCCCAUUCAGACGGUGAAACACUUUACUGGGGAAUGCUGUGAGACAGUGAAGGAGACCAUCCUGUGCUUUGAUUCGGAUUGACGGAGGCUGCUGUCUUUGGAAUGAGUGGCACCUUUGUGGGAGGUGUGCUUCAAAGUGUUACUGAAAUAAAACCAAAAAAAGAUGCAAUAUUGCUGUUGUGUCUUUCACAUCUCAACGUGUGUAGCUGCACACUCACCUGCCUGUUGUAAAAUGUUCUUUGUGUUCACCAACAGUAAUCAACAUGGUACAUGUGUCUUUGACUCAAGUGGCUCUGUGUUUUUAUAUAAAACCAAUGUAGCUGCCUUUUCAGUAGAAAGCCUUUACUGUGAAUUAUGAGAGGUCUGGCAGGAAAUUGGAUUAGUCUUCAUCCUCAUGUUAAACGUGACUGUCAAACUAUUGUGCCAGUGUUUUGCAUUUUUGUAUGUACCUUUUCUCCUUCUUUGGAGUUAUCAUCCCAAAAUGAAGGUUUUCCAGAAUGUUUCAAAGAUUCAACUUGACUUUUAAAAUAGUGGAGAACAAGGGUCUGGAUUUGGAAACAAUUAAAAUGCAGGGUCUUUGUUCUCCAUUAGGGCUCUUGGUGUGAGAUAAAGAUCUAUCUGACUUUGUGCUGGAACUGUGUUGCAGUUACCAGUUAUUGUCUACAUGAUGUGACUCCAAAUCCCAGCCUCCACUUAAGCAACAGCUAAAGAUAUAAGGAGAAAUCUCUCCUGUCCUCGAGUUGAAUCAAUCAGCGACAACCUUCGCUGACUAGGAGUAGGCAGUGCACAAACUUUGAGAGGAGAGAAUUCGCAGGGCGAUGUGGGAAUGGGAUUAACUGGACAGCUUUUUCAAAACACCAGUACAAAACUGAUGGGCCAAAUGGUCUCCUCCUGCGCUGAAGUGUGCUUUAAAAUGUAACCACUGGUUUGAGAAGCUGCUGAUGAGGCAGCAGUUCAGUGUUUGUCCCUGUUGAAAAGUGGGUUUGCUGCAGUAACCUUAACAUGAAGUAUUUUUGGGCCUAAGGAAGGGACAAUUGCUUCUCAAAUAUGAAUGCACAUAGCUAUUAUUGAUUAUUUUCCUGAGCAGUAGCCUCUUCAGAGAUCAUCUCAGGAAUGGAUAUGCCAGGGGUUUUGUACCUGAGAGAUUCUCUCUGCCCCCAUCCCAGUGGGGAGGCCAUAAUUACAGUUGGGAACAUGUCAAGUGGAGCCCCAGCUGUGUUUUGCAGAAAGUGCAGAGUGAGCAUCUGGAGGAAAAGCAAUCCUUUCAACAGGAGAUUGAAGGGCAGUUAAAGGUUCCUCAUAAACCCCUGUCUGCUCACUCCUCGCUGAGAGACCUGAUCCCUCCUACAAUUGUGAAAUCAUUUGAGGACACAAAGCACAGCAGGAUAGGCUUUACAUUGAACAUGCUUGCAUUGAGUUAAUCACAAACUGGCAAGGAACUGAAGAGCUGCAGUAUGUCCAGGAUGAAUGGCCCCCUAUCUGAAAUGCGCAACGUCCUGUGAACUUUGUUGAAUGCUUUUCUGACAAACUGCACGGAAGGGUGUCAGCACAGUAUUGUUGCAAACUGUCUGCUCUUCAUUGGCAGUUCUGCUUCGGUUUUUGGAAAGUGCAUCAACCUGGACUUGCUGUGAGCAGGGGUUGGAAGUAUUCUCACGGGAUGCUCUUGAGAGAGGCAUGAAUGUGCGGGGGGGUGGGGGGAGGAAUCUAGGAAAUUAUAAUUUGGAAAUGGUGAUGUGGCAAUAGUUUGAGCAGUUUUCUGGGAUGUAAAAGGCAGUGUAUGUGUUUUAGAUUUUUAAAAUGGGGAGGGUGAGGAAUUGGGCAAUUGAUUUAUAUAUUUUUAACCUUUUCAAACUUAGAAGAUUUUCACACACCAAAUGGAAAGCUGGGAAUGUGUGAUUUUGAUAUCUUGAUCUGUUUGUAUGAUUUACAUUUAUUUUCCAAAUGACACUUCUGACUGUGAAAUGUACUGCAAUUUUUCAAUAUUGGGAUUACAGUAUGGACAGGAGUUAUUUAAAUAAUAAAUAAACAUUUUCGACAAUUUAAUAAUGAG